AGACAAAGGGGCUGCCAGCCUCCCGGCAGCUGCAGGUGCUUUGGGUGUUUCUUUGCUGUGUCCUGCAGUCAGGGCAUGGGCUCUUCCCUGCAGGCCAAUGAGAGGAAAGGAGUGAACCAUGCAAAGGAGGAGUGAGCCUGACUUCAGAAAACUCCCUGCUCCAGUGCUGCAUCUAUGCCCUGAGCUGUGAGCCUGAUCCUGCCCAGCUCCCUGCUCUGCUAGGAAACAGCCACUCUCUGCUGAUCCCGAUCAGCCUAGGAGGGGAACAAUUGUCGGCAUCAUACAUCAGUCCAAAACAUCUAUGGCAGAGGGAGACCCAUCCAGGCGCUGGGAACUGGAGAGACGGGAUGUCAAGCAGGCUGAAGCCCGGCUCAGCCAUAGGCUGCAGGACUUAGAGGAAGCACGACUCUACCACAUGAAUUCAAUGAUCAAAGAGCAGAGGCAGAUCCAGAAGGAGAUACAGAGACUGCAACAAGGCAAUUCCCGGAAGAAGGCCCAUGUCACUCUAGGGGACCUCUCCCAGGAGGUUGGUAAAAAGCCAGCUCUGCCCACGCUCCCCACUUCGUCAGGGCAGCAGCGCAGCAACAGCCAAGCGGAGCGACUGAGAGCACCGAGAAGUACUUUGCCCAAGAUGGAGGGACCCACACGGGCAGCCCAAUUACCCUUGCAGCAUCAGACACGCAACCAUGACAUCUUGGCUGAUGCAGAGCAGGAGUCCUCUGGAAGGCAUGGAUCGACUUCAACAUGCACCCAGUCUAAAGCUGCAAGCUCCAUCACAGACAUCAACCUGUCUGACCUCAGAUAUUCCAUCGCCAGGCGGCUGAACAUCUCUGCUAAUCUGGCAGAGCAGGAAGAAACCAGCAGCCAAGGAGAGCUGGGUACAGGCCCCACAUUGCUUCCCCAUGGACAGGCAGAGGCCAGAGAUGUAGAUGGCAGUGACACCAUGCCCAAGCCCACCAGCUGCACAGAGAGAAGGAAGCCUUCCCUGGGCCAUGAGAAGCUAAGCUCUGAUACAGAUGUCUAUGCCCCCGACAGCAGCCACCUCAGAUCCAUGCACAGCAGGCCUGGGUUUCUGGAGUUAUAUGCUGAAGCCAGGAAGGCCCGGUAUAUCCGGCACAAGGGCAUUCCAGCCUCGGAGAAGGAACUCAGCCUGCAAGAGAUCUUUGGGCAUGAAAACAGCUUAGAUCCCAGCCCCCCAGCAGCAGAACAGAAGCAGCACAACCCUAAAUGAUGGCUCCUUCCCCUAAGGGAGGCUUGUGAGGGUCAACCACAGGAAAAGGUGGUCUGCCUUGCUGUCUGGAACAGCCAGCUAGCCGGGGUUAUAGAUUCAUAGAUUGUAAGGCCAUUAGGGCAUCUAGUCUGACCUGCUGUAGAAGACAUGCCAGGGAAUUUCACCCAGCUACUCCCCAUAGGUUCUGCUUGACCUACAGCAUAGCUUUUCGAAAGAAACACCACAUCCUGAUGGAAAGAUUUCAUCUGAGGAAGAAUCCACCACAACCCUUGAGAAGGUGUUUUACCCUCACUGUAAAUAAGUUGCCACUUUCUCCCAGUCUGAGUUUAUCUAGCUUGAGCUUCCUGCUCUUAGCUUUCGUUUUGUCUGUGUCUCCUAGAAUAAAGAGCCCUCUUCUCUCAGAAAUCAUCUCUCCAUGGAGGUACUUGUAGCCCAUAAUCAAGUGGUUUCUUAAACUUCUUCUCUUCGAUCAGCUAAAGAGAUUGAGCUGAAUUUCUCUCUCACUCACAGGCAGGAUUGCCAGACCUCAAAUCAGUCUCGUGACUCUUCUCUGAAUCCUUUCAGUUUCGCAGCAGCCUUGUAGAAGUGUGGGCCCCAGAAGGGAUACAGUGUCUGGUAAUGGUCUCACUGAUGCAGUACGCACAGUGUAUGGCAACCCUGCAACAGCAAAGCAGGGGAGUUCAGACCCUCUGUAGAUCUCAUUCUUCUGGAAUGAAGGGGAGCAUCUCCUCACUGUUCCCAGUCACCCAAAACCACCCAGAGUAUCAUCCAAGGUCUGGAUGCCUUCUAUGCCCUCCUGGGUGCAGUGUGCCCCCAUGUGGCGAUGCCCAUGCAGUGCUGCUCCUACUGGCCUGGGCCCAGGCACAGGGCUCUGCAGGGACUCUCUCUGCUGGCAGCUGCAGGCAUAGGCAGCAGUUGGAAGGAGCCUAUGGCCAUGUUUAAAAACCUUUCUGAGGCUAGGGAGUUAAGUGACAUGCUGAAGGUUACCCAGAGAAUCAGCCCAGCUCUCCUGAACCCAAGAGCUCUAACCACUAGGGAAGGCUUUCCCUCACCCCUAACGAUCUGUUUCUGGUGUCCAGAGGCAGGACUUGGGCAUAUUCUUCUAAGGGCAGCCAUGGUUUGUAUCUUGUGACGCUCUUUGGGGUAGGGAUUGGCUGUUUGUGGCCUGUUUGUACAGUGCUUAGCAAAAUGGGGUCCUUAUCCAUGACUAGGGCUUGUAGGUGCUAUGAACAUACAAAUAAUAAAUGAUGGAAUAAUUCCUGCCAGCUGAGAACAAGAGUAUGGACAUUCCUUUUCCAAUCUGUGCCUUGAGUUUUGCCUCCCUUGGCCCAUACAGGAGACUCCAAAUAUUAGGCUGGAUGUGAAUUUGUCUUAUAUAUAACUUAAGUGCACCAAACCAAUUACUGUUGCGCAGUUGGUCUGAGGGGUUAACAAUAUCUGGGGCCUUGCAGGGUUGUUUGCGUUAGGCUGAGGACUGGCUGCUACAAGUCAGGGCUAUUCCUGGUAUCACAGAGUGGCACACACUCCAGUGUCCCUAAACACAGCAGAAACAAACAACAGCAGGCAAUUUCUUGCUCACAAAUCCUCACAUCUGCCCCUGUGCUGCCUCUCAGGGUCAUGCUGACAACUCCUUCUCCAGGCUUUCUGUCCCUAGCACACACCAUCUGCAACAGAGAGCCUAGCCCCUGCAUCUGCACCCAGGGAAAUCCCUGUUAAUCUAUCUCCAUUACCUCUGGCCUGGCCACCUGGCUCAGUGUCUUGAGCAGGGCACCCCCAUUGGCUGCGUCUCAUUUUACUACAUAGAUCGGCUUGGGUUGCUCCGUGUACAGAGCAUAAUGAAGUCUGUGAUUGUCCUUGGUCUGAGACCCACCUGAUGGCAGCUGCUAGCACCUUCCAGCUGAAAGGCUCUGGACUGGAGCAUGGAAACAAACUGCUGCCUUACUAAUGGAUGGCCUGAACGUGUGGCGAACUCUGUUCUCCUCAGCCUUAUAGUCUGUGAGUGUUGCUAUGUUAACUAUGACAGAGUGGGAAUGUUGUUAAUGUCUUCUCUGAAUACUGUGUGCACGCCUCAGUUUCCUCCUAUGUGUUACUCAAGUAUUUAGGUGAUGGAUGAGGGUGUGUGAUCAUUGCAGCAGCCCAAGAGGGUGUCUGACUCUCUGUAGCCUGGCAGUUGAGGGCUGGGCCCACAUCUCUGCAAAGAUCAGCCGAAGGUGUUGCUACAGAUCAGGUGACCUGCUGGCCCGGAGAAGGACCAGUGCAGGACCCCCUCCAGCUUCCCCAGAAGCUCUGCCCAGGCGGACCCCACUGUGGGCAAUGGUGUAAUCUCACACCCACCAAAAGUGAUCACUUUGACAAAGCAGCUCCAUCAUGCUGUGCAUCUAGGCAGAAUAGGCAUGUCUAUGCAAAUACGGUCUGUUCCUGAAGCCUUUCCCCCAGUGUGUCACUAGAUGUCUGGGGGAGAGCUCAUUCAGACCCUGCUUACACUGAUUCUGUU